GUGGUUACUACAGUCCCACUGUCAAGCCAGGCGUAGGUUAGUGUGCAACAGCCUGUUUCAGUGGCUAUGCAGCCGUUGCAGCAAGCCCCUGGGCCCAUGCAGCCUAUGCAGUGGAUGCCUAAGAUACCUUUGAUGAGUCCCAAGCCCUUCUCUGGUGAUAGGAAGAAGGAUGAGGACUUAGACACUUGGGUGAGGACUGUGCCUACUUAUGUGAGGCACAAGCUCACCAGGCCAAAGCAGAAAGUUGUAGUGGCUGCCUCCUUUUUAGAAGGGUCAGCAACUCGCUGGUUGAAUGGCUUAGUGCAGCCGCAGGGCUACGGUCAAAACUUCGAUGCCUGGGCACAGGCCCAGUCAUUGGAGGAGUUCGUACGGUCCGUGUAUAACAGGUGGCAUGACCCGCAAGGGGCUCAGAAGGCCACCGAUGCUAUCAACAAUCUUUGUUCCCGCAGAUUCAAGAAUGUUAGAGAGCUGACGAACACCGUAGAACAUUUACUCGUGGUACCUGGUGUGCGUUUUGACCAGCAGGUUCUCCUGACGGAUUACCUAAGGUGCCUACCUGCUGAGCACGCGAUGAAYAUGAUUUUUCAUGACUACUUAGACAAGUUUAUCGUCGUGUACCUCGACGAUAUUCUCAUCUUUAGUAGGACUGUAGAGGAGCACGUUGAGAACUUGAAAAAAGUGCUAGGUCUCCUAAGACAGCACCAGUACAAGGUUAACUUGGAGAAAUGUGAGUUUGGUCGCACCAAGAUCUUGUACCUGGGUCAUGAAAUCUCAGCUGAUGGAUUGAGGCCGGAUGAUGCCAAAGUGGUCAGCAUACGUGACUGGCCCAGACCUCAGACUGUUACUGAGGUCAGAUCGUUUUUGGGGAUGACGGGCUACUAUUGUCCGUUUGUGAAGAACUAUAGUACUAUAGCUUUCCCAUUGACAGAUCUAACUCGACUGGACACCCCUUGGGAGUGGACUGAAGAGUGUGAGGCGGCCUUUAGGAAACUGAAGUACGCCCUGACACACUAUGAGGUUCGUAAACUUCCUGAUCCUGAUAAGCCGUUUGUCGUGACCACAGACGCCAACCAAUAUGGCAUAGGCGCGGUCCUUGCGCAAAAGGAGGGGCCCAAGUUAAGACCUAUCGAGUACAUGAGCAAAAAUAUGUCAUCUCAGAAACUAGCUAAGUCCACUUAUGAGCGUGAGCUCUAUGCCCUGUACAAAGCGCUGGUACAUUCGAGACACUAUCUCCUUGGCAGAUUCUUCUAUGUGAGAUCUGACCAUGAGACCUUGCGCUGGAUCAAGACUCAGGAAGUACUCUCUGACGCACUCAAGCGCGGGAUACAAGUGAUAGACAUGUAUGACUAUCAACUUGAUCCAAUCAAGGGAGAGUGCAACAAAGUGGCGGAUGCGUUAUCUCGCCAGGCGGAUUAUCUGGGCGCACUAGUGACUGAGUUUGGCAUAUCUAGCGAUUUGACUCGAUCAUUGGUGGACGCCUAUCAGCAAGAUCCAGUUAUGUCUGAGAUCAUCCGUAGAUUCAAGGCAAAGGAUAAAAAGACUUUGGGCGGAUUUACGAUGGUAGACGGCUUGUUGUUUCUUGAAAAGGCAGGGAAUAAAAGACUGUGUGUUCCCAGUACUGAGUCUUUGCGUACUUUAUUUUUAGGAGAAUGCCAUGAUGCAACUGGUCAUUUUGGAUACAAGAAGACAUCAGCGAACUUAGUACAGAGAUUCCGGUGGCCCUCUACGAUGUUAGAUGCAAAAACCUGCCAGGUUUGUCAAAGGGACAAACCAAGAACCCAGGCACCGCUUGGGCUAAUCAAGCCCUUGCCGAUUCCUGAAGGACCAGGUCAGAGUGUGUCUAUGGAUUUUAUGGACACCCUUGUGACCAGCAGGUCUGGAAAGAGACACAUCUUCGUUAUAGUGGAUCGUUUUUCUAARUAUGCYRGACUAAUCGCUAUGCCUGAAAGUGCUAAAACUGGCCACGUCAUCAAACUGUUUAUGGAUAAUUGGGUACGUGAUUUCGGUUUGCCUACAUCUAUCGUUAGUGAUAGGGAUGUGAGAUUCACAAGUGAACUGUGGCAGUCAACCGCUGAACAGAUGGGCACAAAACUCCAAAUGACCUCAGGGAAUCACCCUGAGUCAAAUGGCCAGGCAGAACAGAUGAACCGAGUAGUACAACACCUGCUUAGACAUUAUAUUAAUCCAGGUCAGGAUGACUGGGACGAGAAGUUACCGCUCGUCGCCAGCCUGUACAACAACGCUGUGCAUAGUGCUACCGGUAUGACUCCCAACCAGUUACAUCUUGGUUGGAAGCCCAAAACUGCACUUGACUUUUUGCUACCAGAAAGACAACCCACUGCAGCACCUAGCAACAUAGAUUUUGCUGUCAAAUAUGAACAGAUGCUGCAGCAGGCCGUUGAACAUAUUAGGAAGCCUCAGGAUGCUAUGAUCGCAUCUGCAAAUAAGCAUAGACGGCCCUCUAACUUUCAGGUAGGUGAUAGAGUUUGCGUAAAGUCAUCUGAACUAGGUCAAGAGAUGGAAAUAUCCAGAAAAUUGAUGCCACAGUAUUUUGGGCCCUGGGAGAUCUUGGACAUUGUAAGGGAUCAACCAGAUGGGCCUUCAUACAUGAUCCGUAUUCCUACACACCUACGCACUUACCCUGUGUUCCAUGCUUCCAAGUUGGCACCUUUCGCUGCUACGGAGCAGUUUCCUUCAAGAAGAUCAAUGCUGCCCCCAACCAUGGACGGCGAGGUGGACAUCGAUCAGAUUGUGGAGCAUCGAAUGAUGCCUGUUCCUCGACCAUCAGGCAGAGGGCGCCCUCCUAAACCGAGAAGGCAGUAUCGUGUGAGCUUCAGACAUCACCUCGAUCCCAAUGAAGAUCGUUGGUUCACACGAGAGGAACUCAUGAGAACAGCACCUCAAGUGAUUGUAGGCUAUGAACGAGAACGAAAAGGAAAGAUGCCUGCAGAGUAAGAGACUUCUCAGAGGACUAACGAAGUAAAGGAGGAGGGAAUGC